AUGGCCUCUACCCAGUUCAUCAUCAUUGCCAUCCUUGCACUCUCCAUUUCAGUUUCUGCAAAGGAAUUCAUUGUUGGGGAUGAUAGCGGCUGGACCAUAUACUUUGAUUACCAAUCCUGGGCUCAGGGAAAGGAGUUCGUGGUCGGAGACAAACUAGUUUUCAAUUAUCCUGUGGGAGACCACAACGUCUUCAAAGUCAAUGGAACUGCUUUCCAAGAGUGCACGAAGCCGCCUCCCAGUGAGGCUCUGACCACCGGAAAUGAUGUGAUCACCCUAGCCACUCCCGGGAGAAAAUGGUACAUUUGUGGUGUUGGCCAGCAUUGUCAGGUUGGCAACCAGAAGCUUGCCAUUACUGUGCUACCUCAAUCUGUUGCUCCAGCACCUGAGCCUUUCGGAAAUUAUGGCUCUGAGCCCGCUGAAAGUACUUAUGGUCCCGUGCCAUCCCCAAUGCCAGCCGUAUGGUCUGCACUUACAAUGGCCUCUACCCAGUUCAUCAUCAUUGCCAUCCUUGCACUCUCCAUUUCAGUUUCUGCAAAGGAAUUCAUUGUUGGGGAUGAUAGCGGCUGGACCAUAUACUUCGAUUACCAAUCCUGGGCUCAGGGAAAGGAGUUCGUGGUUGGAGACAAACUAGUUUUCAAUUAUCUUGUGGGAGACCACAACGUCUUCAAAGUAAAUGGAACUGCCUUCCAAGAGUGCACGAAGCCGCCUCCCAGUGAGGCUCUGACCACCGGAAAUGAUGUGAUCACCCUAGCCACUCCCGGGAGAAAAUGGUACAUAUGUGGUGUUGGCCAGCAUUGUCAGGUUGGCAACCAGAAGCUUGCCAUUACUGUGCUACCUCAAUCUGUAGCUCCAGCACCAGAGCCUUUCGGAAAUUAUGCCUCUGAGCCCGUUGAAAGUAGUUAUGGUCCCAUGCCAUCUCCAAUGCCAGCCGUAUGGUCUGCACGUAAACUAGCUAGAAACUAA